AUGAGACUUUCAGACAUUAUUAUAAAUUCAUCACAAAGCUCCCAAGACAGUACACCAGUAAAACUCAAUAAAAAUUCUUUCAAUCCUCUAAAUUUUGAAAGCCCAGACUUUCAAAAAACCUAUGAACUUUGCAAUUGCUGCAAACAAAAUUUUCCUCUUUCUUCAAGAUCUCAUGUUUGUAAAAACUGCAAAACUUUUAAUUGCAGCAAACAUUUGAUAUUAGAAAACAGAUAUGACGCAGAAAGAAUAUGUGAAGCCUGCUACAAAGAAAAAAUUUCAAUCCAAAGAUAUGAAGAACUUAAAGAGGUCGAAGAAACCAUUCAGAAAGAAAUCCAGCUCUGUCUGCAUGAGCGUGAAAAGAAAACAAUUCUCCUUACUAAAGAGAUCACCCACACAAAAUCGCUACGAAAACAGCUAAAGACCUAUUCUGCAGGUGCAGAAGAAAAAGCUAAAUUGUUAGAACUUCAAGUUUCACUUGAAAAAGAAGAAGUUUUAAAGCUGAAAGAAAGCUUAGAAAUGUACGAAGGACAAAAAGAGGCCAAAAAGUACACCGAAGAUGCUUCUAAUAGAUGGCUCACAAAAAUCCAAAUGGAAUACAGCGAGAAAGCAAGUUUAGAAAAUUCUUUGGAAUCACAGAUUUCAGAGCUUAAAACAAAAAAUAAUUCCUUAGAAAAUACUUUAAGGGCUAUGAUUCCUAUAGAAACUGUAGCAGAAAACCUCUGCAAAAUUUGCCUGCUUAAGUGCAAAAGCGUUUUCGCUUCUGUUCCUAUUCCCCCCAAAUUAAAGUCCAGAAUUAGUAGCAGAUUCGUAAAUGAAUUAGUUAGGGAUAAAUGUGCUUGUCAAAUAAUUUAA